AUGGAGGAUACUGUGAAGAGUACCCGCACCUCCACACACUCGCUGUCCCAGACUGUGAAGAGUACCCGCACCUCCACACACUCGCUGUCCCAGACUGUGAAGAGUACCCGCACCUCCACACACUCGCUGUCCCAGACUGUGAAGAGUACCCGCACCUCCACACACUCGCUGUCCCAGACUGUGAAGAGUACCCGCACCUCCACACACUCGCUGUCCCAGACUGUGAAGAUCUUUCAGAACUAUACCUCCUCCACCCCCAGGUCUCCGAGCAGCACCUCCUCCACCCCCAGAUCUCCGAGCGGCACCUCCUCCACCCCCAGCUCUUUGAGCAACACCUCAUUCACCCCCAACUCUUCAAGCAGCACCUCCUCCACCCGUAGUAGCACCUCCUUCACCCUCAGCUCUUCCAGCAACACCUCCUACACCCCCAGGUCUCCGAGCAGCACCUCCUCCACCCCCAGCUCUUUGAGCAACACCUCCUCCACCCCUAGUAGCACCUCCUCCACCCUCAGCUCUUCCAGCAACACCUCCUACACCCCCAGGUCUCUGAGCAGCACCUCCUCCACCCCCAGGUCUCCGAGCAGCACCUCCUCCACCCCCAACUCUUUGAGCAGCACCUCCUCCACCUGUAAUAGCACCUCCUCCACCCUCAGCUCUUCCAGCAACACCUCCUGCACCCCCAGCUCUCCGUGCAGCACCUCCUUCACGCCCAGCUCUCUGAGUAGCACCUCCUCCAUCCCCAGCUCUUAG